GAAAAGGAGUACCUGUGAGUCUGGACGUUGCCGCUGGGACGACCGAAUACAGUUUAAUUCUGGAUCUGCUGUCUUUCCUUAAAUAAUGACUGGGAACCGUCGAGCUGCCCCAGAUGCCCCUGGCACCCCCGCUACCCCAACCCACUUCCCAAAUGCAACAACCACCCCAGGCCAAAAACAACCUGGAGGCCACAAUCCCAACAAGUUCAUGAGUGAACUGCGCAGCAUCCACAUGCCAUCAUGGGCCAUUGCUGCCCUUUGCAUCGUGGUUUUGUGCGUGGCGCUGUCGUGUGCCGUGUGUGUGUGGAAGAAGUGCUUGAAAAAGAAGGACAAGGACAAAGAAAAGGACAAGAAAAAGGGAAAAGAGAAGAGUAACGGAGGCUUUGACACUGAAAUGGAUGGAGGUUACAAAGAGCCGUUGAAAGAUGAAGGUACCAAAGAAACAGAUCUGUCAGAUAAUGAGCCUAAGGAGGAGGAGAAGUUGGGGAGACUGCAUUUCACAUUAGACUACAACUUCACAGAUAAUACGCUGGUGGUCGGCAUCUUGCAGGCUGCUGAACUUCCUGCCAUGGACGUGGGCGGUAGCUCGGACCCUUAUGUUAAACUCUAUCUGCUCCCGGACAAAAAGAAAAAGUUUGAAACCAAAGUUCAUAGGAAGACCCUCGAACCCACCUUCAAUGAGACGUUCACAUUUAAGGUACCGUACACUGAGCUGGGUGGAAAGACGCUGGUGAUGACUGUGUACGACUUUGACCGCUUCUCCAAACACGAUGCCAUAGGAGCUGUGAAGAUACUGAUGAGCAGUGUGGACUUCAGCCAGUCUCUGCAGGAGUGGAGGGAUCUGCAGAAGGCAGAGAAGGAGGAGAGUGAGCGGCUUGGAGACAUCUGUUUGUCCUUGAGGUAUGUGCCUACUGCGGGGAAGCUGACAGUGGUGAUUUUGGAGGCCAAAAACCUGAAGAAAAUGGAUGUGGGUGGAUUAUCAGACCCUUACGUGAAGAUCCACUUAAUGCAGAAUGGGAAAAGGCUCAAGAAAAAGAAAACAACGAUAAAGAAGAACACUUUAAACCCUUACUACAAUGAGUCUUUCAGCUUUGAAGUGCCAUGUGAACAGAUAGAGAAGGUGCAGGUAGCAGUGACUGUGCUGGACUAUGAUAAGAUUGGGAAGAAUGAUGCCAUCGGGAAGGUGCUGCUGGGCAGUAACAGCACUGGGACUGAGCAACGGCACUGGGAAGACAUGCUGGCAAACCCUCGCAGGCCAAUAGCUCAAUGGCAUAGCCUCAAACCAGAGGAUGAAAUCAAUGCGCUAAUUUCGAACAAGAAAUGA